AUGACAGUAUUCCUCAAUAACUCAAGCAAGACGUUCUCGAAAAGUGGUAAUCUGAAGAAGCGUUCACAGCUGCACACUGGCAAACGCCCCUACAGCUGUGGCUUUUGCAACUUGACAUUCACACAAAGUAAUAACCUGAAAUGGCAUCUAAGACUGCACACCGGCGUAAGCCCCUACAACUGUGGCGUUUGCAACAUGACAUUCAUAACAAAUCACAACCUGAAGAGUGCCAACCUCAUUGGCGUUAAGGACGAAGGUGGUACUAAUGACAGUGGCAAUUUGGUUAUCCAAGAUUCGAUGGCUCCAGGAAUGGAAAAUGGCAUACAAAGCACCACCAGACAGGAUGCAUUCUGUGAGAAUAAAACUGGUACAAGGCAUCUGACUCAUAGGUGUACCAUCUGCAAGAAGAAUCUUACACAAUUACAGGACCUCAAGGAGCACACACAUGUUCAAGGACAUGAAACGUUCACUACAUGUAGUGAUGUGAAGAGCCAAUUGUGUCUCGACACUGGUGAAAGCUCCUACAGCUGUGGCGUUUGCAACAAGGUGUUCAACACAAAUAGCCUACUGAAGACACAUUUAAAAUUGCAUAUGGGCGGAAGCCCCUACAGCUGUGAUUUUUGCAGCAAGACAUUCACAGAAAGAGGAAAUCUGAAGCAACAUUUAAAGCUGCACACUGGCGAACGCCCCUAUAGUUGUAGCGUAUGCAACAAGACGUUCCUAACAAACAGUCACCUGAAGAAGCACUCUCAGCUGCAUACAGGUGAACGCCCCUACAGCUGCGGCUUUUGCUACAAGACAUUCACACAAAGUAUUAACCUGAAGCAGCAUUUAAAACUGCACACGGGCGAACGCCCAUAUGGCUGUAGCGUUUGCCACAGGACAUUCACGCUAAAAGGUAAUCUGAAGAAACAUUUUAAGCUGCAUACUGGCGAACGCCCCUACAGCUGUGGAAACUGCAACAAGACAUUCAUUACAAGUGGCCACUUGAAGAAGCAUUCUCAAGUGCAUACUGGCAAUGGCCCUUACAGCUGUGGCUUUUGCAAGAAGACAUUCACGUCAGACAGCUACCUCAAGACGCACUCUCGGCUGCACACUGGCGAAAGUCCACACAGUUGUGGUCUUUGCAAUAAGACGUUUGUAACAAGUGGUUCCCUGAAGCAACAUUCAAUGACUCACACUGGCGAACGCCCCUACAGCUGUGGCAUUUGCAACAAAACAUUCACGCAAAGUAGUAAUCUGAAGAAACAUUUAAAACGGCAUGGUGACAAAUGUUCCUAAAUCUGUGUCUAUUGCAAGACGACAUUCAUAACAAUUAACCACCUGAAGCAGGUUGGUCAACAGCAUACUGGCAAACGUCCCUAGAGCUAGUGCCAGUCACGAAAUACAAUCACGCGAAGUGGUAAUCUUAAGAAGCGUUUGCACCUGCAUUUUAUUGAACACCAUUUUGGUGAAACGCUAUGGUACCUUGUCAUGUGUUACCUAGCAUUACAUUCAUGCAGAACAUGUACUCUCAAGUGCCUUCCAUGAUCCAUGGAGCCCUAUCAUCACCUGACUCAGUGAGUUACUUCCCAUGUUGGGAUUUUGUACAAGAGCAUCUGGUAAUACUAAUGUGACUCAACAUUGCAGUUGGUUCUCAGCCUUUACUACAGAAACUUUGUUAACAUUGCAGUUGGUUCUCAGCCUUUACUACAGAAACUUUGUUAAGUAGGAACAGGUGAGCUCUGGGACAUUGUUGCCUUUCAAGCAAUAUUCCCGUAUGUUGGCGCACUGAGCUUCUUGGAAGGAAUACUACACUGAUAAUUCCACAUUAUAUGGUACAGAAAAACAGCAGCAACAUGUAUGAGAAAUUCUGAUAUGGCACUUCAUCAAGCGCAAAUGUUGCAUAAGUAAUAACUGUUUUACAAUACUGGUAAUGUGAUUUAAUAUGGCUACUGAUUUUUUUUUAAUUUUAGUUUAUUGGCUUUUGGGUUGUGCCCACAAAGCCAUCUCAGCAGAGGAAAGACGAUACAAUAGUGUGUUUGAUAUGAUUUCCUUCUCAGUAAUGACAAUAAAAUGUCAUGUGACUAGGGCCUCCCACCGGGUAGACCGUUCGCCAGGUGCAGGUCUUUCGAUUUGACGCCACUUCGGCGACUUGUGCAUCGAUAGGGAUGAAAUGAGGAUGAUUAGGACAACACAGCACCCACUCCCUGAGUGAAGAAAAUCUCCGACCCAGCCAGGAAUCGAACCCAGACCCUUAGGAUUGACAUUCUGUUGCGCUGACCACUCAGCUACUGGGGACAGACAGUAAUGACAGUAUGAAUGUAAGAACAAUAGAACAUCUAGUCCCCAUGGGGAGAAAAUCUCCGACCUGUCGGAAAUCAAACCCAGGACCCUUUCGUUAGCAAUCUUCCACGAUGACCUCAUAGUUAUAGAGUUGGACCAGUGAAAAUAAUGCUGUUGUACUAGUUAUCACAGAACUGAAAAUCGAAGAGCAUUGAUAAUUCCUUUCUUGUGUUGUACAUAUUGUUGGUUUGAUACAUGUCAUUCACGCUUGUUCUUCUGAAUAUCACUUAGUCUAUUAUUCCAUCAUUCAUAGAUUUUGUCUCCAUUUCUCUGUCAUUAGAUUUCUUGCAAUGGAAAUGCUAAUGUCAUUAUAACUUACGAAUCUUUGACCAUGAUUAUUCCAUCAUUAAAAGCAGACAGCUGUCACUAUAGGUGUCAUGUUUGCAGAUAUGAUACUUGGACUCCAUAUGAGCUCUCCAAAAGCGGUAGAAAUUGGUCUUAGUGCCUUACAGUGAAUCAACAGUGACAAAUUAUACACUACAGUAUAAUCAUACUGCUACAAUAAAAACUGUUGGAUCAAUGUAUAGUAUAAUAUAAAAAGUUCUUCAAAACGCCUCUGUUACGUUUACCAUUUACCUUAGUAGCAUUCCAUCAUCACACUAUCUCCACAAAAUAUCUGUGUUGUGAUAACAAAAUCACAAGGGGAAACUUGCAUUUGUGUGCUGUAGUCUUGUACGAAACGUCACGUCAUUUCUUCAUCAUUGAAAACAAUUGACUCUUACUUCAGUCUCUAGCUUGAAACACACUACUUUCUGAAUAAACCUGGAGUUUCCUAUACUAUUAAUGGUUAAUGGGUUACACUUGAAGUCAGAUAAUAGGUUCCAGGAAUGUACUAACUGCUUAUCUUUUCACGCCUUCCACGCUGUAACGGUGGCACUACUUUUUCUGUGGAAUGAUUCUUCCAUCAUCAGACCAUCUCUGUUAACUGUUUCCGAAGGAACGCAUACGUUAUAGCCGCAAGUAUCACCCCGCAGGCCAUAGCUAUUAAUAAAUUAUGGCCAAAAGGCUGCCUAUUACAGUGACAAGGUACAUAUGACAUUGGUUUGUUUAAAAACACUGGAAUUUUAACAGCAGGAGGAAAAGCUUCAAAAUACAACAAUAGUUUUCUCAUACUCUCCUAAAAGCAGUUGAAUGUAGAAAAUUCUAUUUAUUGUUGGUACACUAUUAAACAUUUAAUCCGGUCAAAUGUAGAACAUACUACUCGUGUUUUCUUAAUAGGUAUGAUUCCAUAACUGUAAUUGUAAUAGUUCCCUUAAACACUGUCCAGCUAUAGAUUAAAAUGAAGCAGAGUACCUCUGUAUCACUUAAUUUUUGAUGAGUUUAAUUAUUUGGCAAUAUGCUCCAGUGGAUGAAUGGUGAUAGUAUACUCCAAGUUUUCAUGUUCUGGCGUAUCUCAACCCUUCUAUUCGUGGGAAAUAUUUUAUUUCAUGUAAAAACUGAUUUAAAUAAAAGCCAGACACAUAUUAUGUAAAAUGUAAGUUUAAAUAAAAAGUAAACUCAUCUUAUAAGGUUACUGACCUAUUUAUUUCUUGCCUUGCUAUUUACUGAAUCUUCAGGUUUCCUGUCGGCCAAGUCAAAAGUGCAAGAAAAGACAGUAAACACGAAGAUAAAUAAUGAGAAGUAGACCAGUCCCUAAAGAGAUUAUUGAUGAGGCAUAUUAAAGACGGACAGCAGGAUUCGAAUCAGAAACGAAGGCAAUAAGCCACUGAACAGGCAUACGAUGUGGACAUAUAGAUAGUGGCAGCAUGACAAAGCUUGUUGCUUUAACGUCGAUGAAAUCAUGAAGCUGAUCCCUCACAGUCCAAACACAUUAUUUAAACACGC